GCAUGUUUACAUUUCCCCUUGCCUGCGGUCUCUUUAUCAGGCAAUGGGUUUGUUCUGCGUCUAGUAUAAAGUAAGCGAGCGCAAGCUUCGCACACACACGUACUGCACACAUGCAGCGUGCUCAGGAUGACACAGACAAGUACAGUAUUGAGCAUUUUCGUCCUGUUUCUUCAAACCACUUUUGGGGAAAGUGGUUGCACCUCAGCAGAUGGUGAUGGGACUUUUGGAGAUGAUGAAACAGACAAUUUUGACAUUGACUGCUUCAGCCAGCUGGAAUUUAAGGAUUCCUAUAGCAGCCUGACCUGCAAUUUUACCGAGCUGCCGUCUCACAACACUAACUAUACUCUGGCCCUGUGUACCAAGGAAGACAGUAAUUCCGUGUGCUUUGAUAUGGAGAAACAGGAAGAUGUGUAUUUCUUACAAUUCACCGAUAUACUCUCAAAUAAAUACAUAUGCACAGGCUCUGAGAUGAAGAAAAGGGUCUGCAGGAGUCUGGUAGUAACUGACAUUGUUAAGCCUGAAGUACCUUUUGAUAUAAACAUCACAUACCAAAAGGAGGCAAAUGAGUAUCUUAUUCAUUAUAGUACACCACACUCAUGGAAGAAAUACUUAAAGGACAAAUUAAUACACCAAAUAGCCUAUCGGCAGGAAGAAGGUAUUUGGAAGACAAUAGAGUCACCAUACCUUCUUAUAAAAUUACUGGGGAAAAACCUCGAAAAUGAUGCAUCGUAUGAGGUGAAAGUACGUUCGCAGCCCAACGGAGAUUAUUUUAAGGGCACGUGGAGUGAAUGGAGCACUUCCAAGAGCUUCAGGACCGCAAGGGAGCAGCAGUCCACGGAGACCUUUAGCAGCGUGGUUGUGAUUAUACCCUCCAUCCUGGGAUUCAUGCUGUCCAUUGUCAUGAUUGUCCUGAUUGUAACUUUUUGGGAAAACAGAAUCAAGCCUGCUGUGUGGCCAAGCCUUCCUGAUCAUAAAAAAACACUGGAGCAACUAUGCAAGAAGCCAAAAAAUAAUUUUGAUAUAAGCUUUAACCCGGAGAGUUUUGGUUAUGUUCAUAUCCAUAAAGUGGAUGGCAUUCGAGCAAAAGCUGAACUGGAAAAUUUUCUGCAACCAUCGACUGCUCCAGAUCCAAACAUUCCAGAAAAAUUUUGGGGUGGAUCAGACCUGACGAUGAUCCCUGAGAUGACAGAAAGAAGCAACCUAAGCCUGUCUGUGACUUACGAAGGAAUCUGGCCAGCUGAAACCCUGCACAGACUCCUGACCACCAGCCAGUUUGCAGUCACCGAAGGAACCUGCUGCUGCAGCACAUACGAGGUGUGCCACGGCAACGGGGUGCCCCUGUGCGAUGAUGGUUUCAACCUUUCCUCCGCUCCUCCCCCAGAUGCCUCUGGCCAGCUUGGACCUGAGCCCCUAAACAGUGAUACUGCAUCCCAGAUGCUGCCAACCAAUGAAAUGAGGUCACCAAACAAUGAGGAAGCCUAUGUCACGAUGUCUAGCUUCUACAAAAUUCAGUAA